AUGGAGGAUUAUAAGUUUCUAUUUAAAGUAGUGUUAGUUGGAAAUGCGGGGGUUGGGAAAACUUGUUUGGUUCGUCGUUUUACCCAAGGCCUCUUCCCACCUGGUCAAGGUGCUACAAUCGGUGUUGAUUUCAUGAUUAAGACUGUCGAAGUGGAUGGUGAGAAAGUGAAGUUGCAAAUAUGGGAUACAGCUGGUCAGGAAAGGUUCCGUUCGAUAACACAGAGCUACUAUAGAUCUGCUCAUGCACUUAUCCUGGUGUAUGAUAUAUCCUGUCAGCCAACUUUUGAUUGCUUGCCGGAUUGGCUCAGAGAAAUUGAGGAGUAUGCUAACAAUAAGGUGCUAAGGAUAUUAGUUGGUAAUAAAACAGAUAGAGAAGAUCGAGAGAUACCUAGGCAUAUCGGAGAAGAUUUUGCGCAACGCCAUGGCAUGUACUUCCUUGAAACGUCAGCGAAGGAGGCGGAGAAUGUCGAACGAUUAUUUAUGGAGAUCGCCGUUGAACUUAUGGAGCAAGCCAAGUGCAAGGAGCUACCUAAGUACGAUGGCAGCUUAGGACCGAUCAACGAAACAUCACACCAUAUGAAAGACACCUCCUUAAAGUCUGAUACAUUCCGAAUUUAUAAGACUGAGAAACUUUUUAAAAAGUGGAUAAUCAUGGCUUGGCGCUUCAAAGCCUCUAAAUAUAAAAAUGCGGCACCGAUUGUGCCUAAGCCUGAGGCCUGCAUAAGAGAUAUCUGUGUUGGAUCAUAUCAGACUUAUGGAAAUAAUAUAUGUGCAUCGGGUGCCUUCAUGGCCUUUAACUGGGAGCAUGUCGGGUCCAGCAUGGCUGUGUUACCGUUGGAUGAUUGUGGUAGGAAGAGUAAGACAAUGCCUUUGUUACAUGCACACACUGAUACAAUAACUGAUAUGGAGUUCUCUCCAUUCCAUGAUGGAUUGCUCUUGACUGGAUCACAGGACUCUCUGUCGCCCGACAUCAUUUCUGCGUGUCGGGAGACAUCGCCCGACAUCGCAGGCAAUAUCUACGUGUCGCGGGACAUGUUGCGUGUCAACGCUUCGAGAGCGUCGACCUUGCGCGACUUUGUGUCCCUCGACAAUCGCCCGACAGCAUUUGAGUAG